AUGACAUGCAAUCCAAAUUGGCCUGAAAUUAAAGAGCACCUUGCCCCGGGUGAGCAAGCUCAGCACCGGCCAGAUUUAGUUGCUCGCGUUUUCCGCGCAAAACUAAUCGCAUUGAAAAAACUGAUAGUUGAGGACAGUGUGUUAGGGGAAAUUGCAGCAUAUACAUAUGUUGUUGAAUUUCAAAAGCGGGGUUUGCCGCAUGCACAUCUAUUGUUGAUUAUGAAGCCAUCUUACAAAGUUAAAGAACCUAAUGUAUUUGACAAGUUUAUAAGUGCUGAAAUUCCUGAUGAGAGCAACCCUCACUUGCGCAAAAUAAUUUUAAGCCACAUGAUGCAUGGCCCAUGUGGCGCAGCGAACCCUGAAUGCCCUUGCAUGAAACACAAAAGUAGCCCAGGAGUAUGCAAGUAUGGGUAUCCAAAGACAUUCCAAGAAGAAACAAGUACGCAUGAGAAUGGCUUUCCGCUUUAUAGGCGGAGAAACGAUGGUCAGAAUCCCAUUAUUCGCAAGUUUGCAAUGGAUAAUAGAUGGGUUAUUCCAUACAACCCUUACCUCUCUGCUCUUUUUGAUUGUCACUUGAAUGUUGAAGUUUGCUUAACCAUCCAAGCAGUGAAGUACAUAUACAAGUAUGUUUACAAAGGGCAUGACAAAAUAUCUUUUGCUGUUUCGGCUCAGCAAGACCCCAAACCAGUUGAUGAAAUCCAACAGUUUCAAACUGGGCGAUGGGUUUCACCGUGUGAGGCUGCUUGGAGGAUUUUUUCGUUCGACCUCUUUGAAAUGUAUCCUCCUGUACUCCCUUUACAGAUUCAUUUGCCUAAUGCACAAACAGUCCAGUUCAAACCGCAAGAACAACUUGCUGGCAUUGUAGCAAACGAUACACGAACGCGCACGUCUCUCACUGAGUUUUUCAAGAUGAAUGCAACUCACGAUGAUGCAUCACAUUUUGUACUCAGAGUUCCCAGAACAUUAUGUGUGGACUGCAUCUGCAAAGACAUGGACUAA